AUGACUCUCUCUCUCUCUCUCUCUCUCUCUCUCUCUCUCUCUCUCUCUCUCUCUCUCAAAGACAUCAACAAGGACAGCUUCAUUAGAAUUUCUAUUCUAUAUCUAUCUAUCUAUCUAUCUAUCUAUCUAUCUAUCUAUCUAUCUAUCUAUCUGAGUUUAUUUUGUCUGUCUAUCUAUCUAUCUUUAUUUAAUCUAUCUAUCUAUCUAUCUGACCCACCCGUCAGAUAUCUGAGUCUGUUCUAUAUCUAUCUAUCUAUCUAUCUAUCUAUCUAUCUGAGUUUAUUUUGUCUGUCUAUCUAUCUAUCUUUAUUUAAUCUAUCUAUCUAUCUAUCUGAGUCUAUUCCCCACCCGUCUGUUCUAUAUCUGUCUGUCUAUCUAUCUAUCUAUAUAUCUGAGUUUAUUUUGUCUAUCUAUCUAUCUAUCUAUCUAUCUAUCUAUCUAUCUAUCUUUAUUUAUUUUAUCUGUCUAUCUAUCUAUCUUUAUUUAAUCUAUCUAUCUAUCUAUCUAUCUGAGUCUAUUCUCUGUUCUAUAUCUAUCUAUCUAUCUAUCUAUCUAUCUAUCUAUCUGAGUUUAUUUUGUCUAUCUAUCUAUCUAUCUUUAGUUAAUCUAUCUAUCUAUCUAUCUUUAGUUAAUCUAUCUAUCUAUCUUUAUCUAUUCUAUCUAUCUAUCUAUCUAUCUAUCUAUCUAUCUAUCUAUCUAUCUAUCUAUCUAUCUGAGUCUAUUCUAUCUAUCUAUCUAUCUAUCUAUCUAUCUAUCUAUCUAGCAUCACUCCUUCAUAGUCACCCUAUGAAUUUUCAGCCCACCCCUUCUUUCUUUCUUUUUGUUCACUUUCUUUUUCUUUGUCAGCCCUUCUUGUCUUCACCCUUCAUUUUUAUUCUUUCUUUGGAUGCUUACAUUCUCUCUUUUUUUCAAUUUUUCUCUCUUUCCCUUUCUUUUUUCACUUCUUUUUCCUUUCUUUCUUCGUUUCUUUCUUUCUUUCUUUCUUUCUUUCCUUGA